UGAUUUGCAUGUGAAGUCGACUGCAACUAAGUUUUCAUCGUGUUAUACAUAUAUUUAUCAUCACUGGGCAUAAGAAAUUGGAGUGUAUAGGGAGGGACGAUUAUAUAGUUGAAUAGUUAGAAAUAUUUGGGUGGUCAAAGAAAACCACUAUAUAGUUUGUUGUGUCUCUGUUUUCCCUCAAACAUAGCAAAGCCACAUUCAACAAAUUACAUUCACAUCACACAUCACAUCCUGCGUUUUCUUCCUCUUCAACAACGUAACUUUCACCAAGGGGAUCAAGGUCUAAAUGCAUUCAUGUCUUCCACUCCAAAACAUCUCCGAAAUAUCUCUACAUCAUCAAUGAGAGAUAUCAAUAAUGAAUUCCAUAACUGUAAUUCUCCAAGAACUCCAGGUUUUAUUCGCCAACGAAGGCCUUCACACUCAAACGAGAUUCCUGCAGAGAUAAGCAAAUUAAAUGGGACUAACCAUUUGCUUAUCGAUGACAAAGCUAAGUACAAGUCAAUGUGGAUACGUGCACACUCAUCACUAUGGAUGCUUUUAAGUCUCUUACUUCUCAUAUACUUGGGUCAUCUUUACAUGUGGGCCAUGGUGGUUGUUAUUCAAAUCUUUAUGGCACAUGAACUCUUCAAUCUACUAAGGAAGGCUAAUACUAAUAAUCAAGAUAAACGUCUCCCUAAGUUUAAGUUCUUGAACUGGCAUUUUUUCUUCACAGCAAUGCUAUACGUAUAUGGGCGUAUUCUGAGUCAGCAACUUGUGAAUACAGUUUCAUCAGAUAAAUUCCUAUAUAGACUUGUCAGCAACGUCAUCAAGUAUCAGAUGGUUAUAUGUUACUUCCUAUAUAUUGCAGGUUUUGUAUGGUUUAUUCUUUCACUAAGGAAGAGAUAUUACAAGUACCAAUUUGGUCAAUAUGCAUGGAUUCAUAUGAUACUCAUUGUUGUGUUUGCCCAAUCAGCAUUCACUGUAGCCAACAUAUUUGAAGGCAUAUUCUGGUUUCUUUUCCCUGCAGGGCUAAUUGCUAUGAAUGAUGUUGCUGCAUAUUUCUUUGGUUUCUUUUUUGGGAGGACACCUCUUAUAAAGCUUUCUCCAAAGAAAACAUGGGAAGGUUUCAUUGGAGCUUCUGUUGCCACCAUGAUUGCUGCAUUUGCGUUUGCUAACUUCUUGGGUCGCUUCCAGUGGCUAACAUGUCCAAGGAAGGACUUAUCAACUGGUUGGCUUAAGUGUGACCCUGAUCCAAUAUUUAAGCCAGAGUACAUUCCUUUACCAACAUUAAUUGCUCAAUGGCUUCCUUGGAAAGAGAUAGCAGUUUUGCCAGUACAGUGGCAUGCCUUGUGGAUGGGACUAUUUGCCUCCAUUAUAGCACCAUUUGGAGGAUUUUUUGCAAGUGGUUUCAAAAGAGCUUUCAAAAUCAAGGACUUUGGAGACAGUAUACCUGGACAUGGUGGAGUCACUGACAGAAUGGAUUGCCAGAUGGUAAUGGCUGUUUUUGUCUACAUCUACUAUCAAUCAUUCAUUGCUCCCCAUGACUAUUCAGUUGAGAUGGUUUUAGGCCAGGUAUUGAGGAACCUUGAUAUGGAGGAGCAACAUGCUCUUUACAACAAGCUGGGGCAGGUAUUAAGAGAAAGGCGUUUCAUUCAAGAUUGAUUUAAUGUACAUUUUUUUAUAAACCAUGCUUUGAUUAGUUAAUAUUCAUAGAUGAUGCCCCUAUUGGAACAAGGGGGUAAUCAUCAAAAAAAGAAAAAAAAUUGGUUUUUGACUCAGACUUCUCAUUCUAGCUGCUCAAGUAGGUAUAACUUAUUUCUCUUUA